AAGUCCCACCAAUCCAGUUUCCGAGACCUGGGAAUGGAUUCCACAGACAGACCGCCGAGCCAGACAUCGGACUGCAGCAGUGUCCUGGAUCUGUCCUGCACAUAUAAUCUAUCACAGACUAUCUGGCUACAUGAGCCUUCACCUAGAUCAUAUGAAGAAGAUUUCUGCUCCACUUUAACUUCUGCUUCUUCACUGCAAAAUACAGGCUCGAGAACAAAUUCUUGUGAAGGUAAUGAGGAACUACUGUUGGAAGAAGAUGGAAAAUCUCAGUAUAUGCCACGAAGUAGUGACGCAUUCAGAGUUAGACAGCAAAGUGCUGCUACCUUGAACUCACAUCAAGUGGAAUCAAAACAAGGCCUCGAUGAUGUACAGAUUCAAGCUAGCUUGGAUGCAUUUUAUGAACAAAGCUCUUGGAGAGGGAAACAUGAUACUUUUUCUGACCAACUUUCCGAGAAAAUAUCAGACUUAAGCAGGAAGCAGCAUUUAUAUGCUUUACGGAGUUUUCAGUUGGGUAAGAUUGUGUUAAAUCAGGAAGGUGAGAAAGUAUUACAGAGCCGUUCCAGCGAAAACGUCUUCUCUCGAGAAAACACAAAGAAUGGGGAACCUGUCCCUGGACUUUCUAAAGAUGUGGUCAGGUUCAUAUUGGACCAGACCUCCCCCUCCCAAAACUGACUUUUAAAUAAUUUCAGGUGACUUUUCAGAACAAGCCGUCGUGAUGAAUAACACUAGCCGUUACAUGACUUGUAUUUUUCGUUUAUCACCAGUCUUAUCCCCUUUGUAGGCUUCAUCUUUUAUUGUGAGUUGGUCCUGCUCCCCUAUCUCGGUCUCUCACUAACACAGAAGCAGCAGUAGCAUGGAGGACGUUACACAAAUAUAGCAGUCUCUGUGUGUCUCUUGCUCUCUGCAGAUGCUUCCUUCCUUCUUUCUUUCCCCAGACUGCCAUGGAUAAUCAGCUGAUAAUCAGUGAUAGUGGUGAAAGAGGUAUUUUUAUGUUAUAAUGAUGUAUUAAA